AAGGAAAGGGAAGGACCCGCAGCCUGACUAGAGACACGAACAGAAUAUAAAUAUCACGCCGCCACAAAGGAAAUCCCCCUUCAGGUUGAAUUAUAAAUGAUUUCGGAUCCUAAUCUUCCUCAGCUACCUUGAUGCGGAAGCCAGAGGCGGUGUUUUUCUGUGUUUGCCUCGCUAGCAGUUAUCUCGUCGCAGCCUCCUGCUCUCCAAACGCACCGCCUUUGUGGCGAUGAGCACGGAUCUCCUCUCUGAUUUGGACAGCCGCUUCUUCGCUGAUAACCUCCUGACCAGCGAAGACUGGGAUGCCUGCCUGUACCAGUGUGAGAGUAUGGAGGAGGGAGAGGACGGAGACUUCAGCCGUGGGCUGAAAUACGACGCAUCGUUCGACAACGACCUCGUGCUCACCCUCGAUCCCGACAACCCCACGUCGCCAUGGCAACACCUCGACGACAACCUUCUCACAGGAGACGCUCCAGUGAUAAAAAAUGAAAUGACAAUAACACAGCCGUUACCGGUGGAAAUGCUGUUCCAGGUGAAAGCAGAGCCUCCCUCCCCGGCGUCCUCACUUGGCUCUGACUGUUCGGCAUCAUCACCAGACCCACAGAUCACAGUGAAAGGUGAAAACCCUCCGACUCCUCCGUACAUGUACGGUGACGUGCUGUCGCCUCCGCUGGGCUCUAUGGAGGUAACUGUGGCAACGACCGCCGUGCCCCCGCCACAGAUUCCUGCAGUGACGCAGACGCCGCUAACAACACAAAUCCCAGCAGUCAUCAGUGGAAUACAGACUCAGACAGCAGUGCUGCCGAGCUCGGCCACAUUAAAGGCCAGCACCAUCCUGAGCACCAAACCUCCCAUCCAGCCCAGACCCGUGUGUGUCACCACCCUCCCCGUACCCCAGACGCCCACGCCGGCCAAAACACUCAUACUGCAGGGGCUGCCCUCCAUGGACCAGACCCGACCCGUCGUCCUCUCUCAGUCCGUCUGCCUCGGCUCAGCUCCGGCCAUCGUCAAGAUGGAGCCCGUCUCUCCCAGCAUCCCCCAGCACUGCUCCAGCCCCACGGCCCCGCCCGCCAGCAAACCCAUCGUCCCGGCGACCGCACCGCUACCCGGCAACAACUCCAACGACAUCGAUAUGAAGGUGCUGAAGCGGCAGCAGAGGAUGAUAAAGAACAGAGAGUCGGCCUGCCAGUCAAGGAAGAAGAAGAAGGAAUACCUGCAGAACCUGGAGGCUCAGCUGAGGGAGGCCCAGCAGGAGAACGAACGGCUUCGCAGGGAGAACCAGGCGCUGAGGGAGAGGCUGGCCGGGAAGGAGGGCAGCGACUCGGCGAGCAACAAGAGAGCUGUGUGUGUUAUGGCUGUCCUGCUCUUCAUGACCUUCAGCUUUGGACCCGUCAGCAUCACCGACAGGAAGCUGUCGACGGGUCUGCAGGACGACAUGGUGUCGUUUUCAGGGCGACGGCUGCUGGAGAUCGAACAGCAACAACAGCAGCAGCAGGCGGCAGCUCCACCUCCCAGCAGGGUGGAGGACAAGACAGAGACGGAGGAGGACGGAGGAGUAGAAAGAUACACUGCAGAGUCUUAUCAGUUCAGAAACCUGAGCGACAUGUUCAGUGACAUGAAGGACCUGGUUCUGCAGGACAUCGACCGUUACUUCACCUCCUCAGACUGCCGGCAGUUCAAUCGCUCCGAGUCUCUCAGGCUGGCAGACGAGCUGAGAGGUUGGGUCCAUCGACAUCAGAUCGACCGGAAGAAGUCUGGAGGAAAACCGAAGAUCGCCAAGAAGGCCAAGAUCGCUCAGCAGAAAGCUCAGCAGAGGAAGACGAAUUUCUCCAGAUACCUGCCGAUCCAGGCUCAUCGCUCCAUAGAAAGUCAGCUGCAGGUGCUUCCUGGUCCAGAGGUCACCUACAGCGACUUCCUCGAUGCCAUCGACCGCAGAGAGGACACGUUCUAUGUCGUCUCUUUCAGACGGGACCACCUGCUGCUUCCGGCCAUCAGCCACAACAAAACCAGCCGGCCCAAAAUGUCUCUGGUGAUGCCGGCCAUGUCGGUUAACGAGAGCCUGUACAACUCCUCUCAGGGCUACGAGAUGAUGAUGCAGGUCGACUGCGAGGUCAUGGACACUCGAAUCGUCCCCAUCAAAUCGUCCGCCGUCCCCCCGUCCCUCCGCGACCCUCCCCCGCCUCCCCCCUCUUCCCACCACGGCCCCCACCAUCACCACGGCAACCACACCUCGCUCCGAGGACGCCACCACCACUCCUCUUCCCCGCCGUCGUCGUCUCAGAGGCAGCGUUUGCCCGCCCGCCGACGGACAGGCGAAUAUUUAAUCAGCCAAUCAGAAGGAGUCUGAAGAAGAGGCGAUGUUGUAAUACUAAAAAAUGUCAUCACCCCUUCAGCAGGUAACGGUUUGUCCUCCGGCGAAUCUCCCCUCGGCGCAGAAGUCAAGUUUCCUGCCAUGAAAUGAAUUGGAUCGGUUACCGGGGCUGAAGCGAUAAAUAAAAUGCCCUAAUAUAUAUGAAUAUAUUUCUAAAAAUGAGAUGCAGACAGGGCAGCACACUGCACUUAGAAACCGUGCUGCGUUUUAAUAUUUAAUUGUGAAAAUGUACAGUAUGAAUGAAAUGAAGAGUGGAAGCAGUCGGUGUGUUUGAAUUUUACAAAGUUUGCUUCUGAUUCAGCUCCUGAGCGAACCUCCUGGCAUUGCGUCGACAGUCGCGGUUCGUUCAGAGCUUUCAUCAGCAGCAAACCCGUUUAUAUGUCUCUUCUGGCUUUGGCUGCAGGGCGAUCACAGCUCGAUGGCGCCGCUCUGUCUCUGGUCUCUGUGGAGUUUGUAUAUUUGUACUGUCUUGGUUUUAAUCUACGGAGGCUCACUGCGUUUACUAAAGAGAAACAAUCGGUAGUUAGGACUUCUGUAUCUCUCAGUUAAGAACUAAUGUACAGUAGGGUGUUAGAAAUAGGCAGCAGCAGCGUUGCCUAGUUAGUUAGUUUGAUUUUGGAAUGUAUUUUAUAUUUUUGUCAACUUUUUCUAAUGUGAAUGUGGUUUAAAGUGUCAGAUAUCAGCACAGAAAUAUCAGAAACCAGCCAGUCAGUGUCAUUAUCAGGAUAAGCUGUUGAAACAUGACGCUGCAGUUUGUCUGAGAAUCCUCACGUUUUCUACAGUGUCAAAGGGAUUCACGAAUAUCUGUCAGAAUAUACGAUACGUAGCAUAAAAGGAGCUUUCAUAGCAAACUUGGCCUUGGUCAUUUUCCAAAAUAUGGAAAGUGUGGCUGGAGUUGUAGCUCCACAUGCUGUAAAAAACAGAAGUUACAUUCCUCCAUCCUGCCUUCACAAACAGUGAUAAAGCAUAACCACUUAUUUUUCUUGUAUUUAUGAGAUCUUUUUCAUCUGUUAUCGAGUCCUAAUUGUGAGAUACAGAAGUUCAAAUUACAAGAGGAGUCGUCCGUGUUGUUUUUCUCUGUGGUGAAUGUUUCGUGUCUCAGCAGUAAUCAGACCUGGUGCAGUCUGGAUGUUUGAUGUCGAUGCUGACGGCUGCUGCGUGAAGCAGGAUCUUAAUGUUGGCUUCAAACUGAAACAGAAAAUAAAAACAGCGUUAUUUUGGAAACGGACCCAUCAGCUGACAGAUAUGAAAUACAUAAUACUAAUGUAAUACAUCAGGUGAUGUUUAUUUAGCUGAUACACGUGUGAUUGCGUGUUUAUUAGCUGACAUAUUGAUCUAUCAGAUGCUGUAAUGGCCUAAACAUUGAGUUCCUGAGCAACAGAUGUUGGUUUUGGAGUCUGUAACUUAAAUAACUUGCAGCUGAAACUAUGACUUGAACAGUUCUGGGAAUUAAUGAGGUGUUUUGGUCAUUUUUCUAACAGAAAAGCCAAAAAAAAACCCCAAUCUGAACUCUGCAGAUGAGCUGCUUAUCUUUGUCCUGCGUGUGAUAUAAACCAAACAUGUUUGAGAUUUGAAUAAAGACCGAUAAGGAACAUGAUUAGUCAGCAGCGAAAACCGUCGACAGUUUGAGUCAAAGCUCAAAUGUGAGGAAAAGUUUCUGCAGCCUCAACGUUUGGUGAUACUUUACUUUGAGCAGUUACUCCGUUUACUCGAGUAAAAGCAGUGAUACAACAGUUUGGUUUGUACUCCUGAGUCUGGUGUGUUACAUCAACACAACUCCAGUUAACGGUGGAGUUUCUUUUAUUUACUUCAAACCGUGGCAGCAGAAACAGAUCAUGUUGGAUUUGGAGCAGAUAAAUGUUGAACAACAUUUUACUUUUCAAAAGUUAAUUCUGGUGCAGAACAGACAGAAGAAGCGACUGAGUCUACACAGUGAUCAGUGAAGAAAACCACAUAGGGCUGCUUUAGCAGAAUACUGGCUCUUGUUUGUGUUUUAUGAGCAAACCAGAUAAAGUUACAGCCUGUUUCAUGUUACAUGUAGUUUCACACAAGUAUUAUCUUUGUGCAAAUCUGUGCAAACAGCAUGUUGCGUCACCCCGACAGCUAGAAAUAUUUCCAGGAGGUCAGGCUACAGUGAGUGUAGAUUCAACACAAAGUAUAAAGCAAGCUUUACAAAGUCCAAGAACACAAACAGCCACGGGUUUGUCAUUUAAAGCCUCUUUGGCAAACAUGAAUACAAACUGUGAAACUGUCAUUUUAUUACCUCUCAGGCUGAUUAUUAUUGACUGUCGCAUAAUGAAUAAAAAAAAAAAAGAAACUUCAACUUAGAAAUCAGCUAAAAGUCUCAGCUGUAGAGGAGAACAUGCGUCAGAUCCACCUGCUGAUGGUUUUAUGGUACGACGGACAGAAAUGUGCGUUUUCAUUGUUUUAAACUAUCUGUGAUUCAAAACGACAUCAGCUGACAAAGAUCCUGCUUCACUGCGUCGCCCGUCACACUCGACCAUGUUUCUGUUUUGUUUUUCUAUGAUAGAAAAUUUGUUCCUAUGGGGGUUAUUAUUUAAUAGCUGUAAAUAUUAAUGUAGAUAUUUUUGUUUGUAUUUGUCACCUUUUUAAAAAUUUUUUUUAUUCCUUUGUUUUUUUCACAACAAAAAGUUUAAAAAAAAAAAAAAAGCUUAGAAAAAGAAUAAAGUGGUUUCUGUGAUAACGAUGCUCGCGGUAAAUAUGUCAUGUUUUAUAUCCUAGCGUUGAGUUCGGUGGAGCGGCCAGCGACUCUGUCCUGAUGAAAUACAUUUAUAUAAACACA